UGAAAGUUGAAUAUAGCACAUUUUAGUCUGAACUUUCAACACACACACAAACAUUCUGUUUAUAUUAAGUACUUUGUUAUAUAAGUGAUGUACGUCAAAGUAUUUUUCAUCCUAGGGAUUAUAUGCAAUGUUUGCGACGCGUUUCUUUUUGAUGAGCCUUGCAACAGGACGAUAAAAACUCCUGAAAUCGACUUUAUCAUCGGCAAGGAUUGUACACAUGGUAUGAUAAACAUUAAUCCCUCCGCCUCUGGAUCACUGUCUGCACAUAUAACCAACAAGAGCCCAAAUACCUGCAGCAACACCGUGUGUCUCAAGUCUUGCAACACGGUUUCAAGCUCCAUGUUCGCUCUACCUCAAGACCCGUUUCAAUGUUGUCAUGCCUUUCCCCGUCCAUCUAUUGACACACGGGAUUCAACAGAUGUGAAGAACGGAAGUCUUCAUAAAACCAGUACUUUUGGUGAAGAAUGGAUUUGUACACUGCCACAUACACAGCCCCGCAUUGUGAUUGACUUGAAUGUACAUACAUCUCACUGCCCUUUGCUAGUGGAAUACGAUAUUUUUGCUACAUGUUGAAAUUAGUUGUGUAAGAUACUUGAAUAAAAUUUACAUACUCA